AUGAAACAACUUGCCCGACAGUACGUAUAUUGGCACAAUAUAGACAAAGAUAUAGAACGUCUAGUGAGAAGUUGCGAAGAAUGUGCUAUUAAUCGGUCAAAGCCACCAAAAGCUCCAGUACAUCCGUGGGAUUUACCUCAAGACAACUGGGAGCGAGUACAUAUUGACUAUGCCGGACCUUUCCAAAAUCAUUAUUUUCUUGCCUGUAUCGAUGCUAAAUCAAAAUGGGCCGAAAUCAAAGUAAUAAAAGACAUUCCAACAACUUCAAACACAAUUAUUCUUUUAGAAAAUAUAUUUUCACAACAUGGAUAUCCACAAGUAAUGGUAUCCGACAAUGCUUCAAUUUUUCGUAGCGAAGAAUUCAAACUUUUUUGUUCAAACCAUGGUAUUUUUCAAAAGUUCAUUGCUCCUGAACACCCUUCCACAAACUCCAAUUCGCAUCAAGAUCCAGAAAAUACUUCUUCGAUAUCGUGCAACACCUCUCUCAUGUGGAAAAUCACCUUCUGA